ACUAUCUUUUGGUCGGGUUGAAUUUCCCUACCCGUUUGUUGUACCAAAGCUAAAAUUAUGUAUUUGAAAGUGAUGGCAGUUCAACGGAAAGAUUAGUCACUGGUGAAUUCUUCAACUUUUCUUCAAAAUUUCGUUUUUUUCGAUCUUCCUAGAUUUUGGGGCUGUAUAAUAUUGUCUGUUUGAUGCAAGCUCAACCAAACUUCUCCUCCAGUUUGAUUUUUGCUCAAAACUGUUGGUCAUUUCUGGAUUUUUUGGUGGGUUUUCUAUGAUCUGGAACUGAUUGCGCUUGUUCUUCGAUUCGGCUGAUCUCCAAGUGCCUGCUCAAGUUAUCUUCACUUCUUGAUUCCUUCCAAUUAGGUUUCUAUUUGGCAUCUGCUUCUGCAAUGGGUGACAGCUCUCCCCAGAACUCGAAAUCUCUUAUCGCUGUUAUGCCAACUAAAACGCCAGAUAAUGACCAACAUUUUCUCUUGUACUUCAUCGCCGGUAUCUACUUUGGGCCUAACCUCAAAGGCGAAAUGUCACCAAAGUCAGCGCUACAGAGGCUUGCUGAGGAAUUGCCUCCCUAUACUUCUGAUCAACUUGCUGGAUCUCUCAUGAAGAUGGUGGAAGUAGAGCGAAUAUUUUAUUAUGUUUUGAGGAAGGCUGAUGAAUCUCUUAAUAUGAAGAUGUCUUUAUUGCACCAGUUCUUCCGAGGCAAUUUUCCUGCAAAAGGACGAGAUAUUGGUUUUCCUCAGUUUCCUGAUCUCUUUCCACUCGAAUUCCAUCCCCAUUCUCGGUCCAAGAAUUGGUACAGGUUUAUCGAAAACCUUUCAUUUAUCAACAACCCAGCAGUCUACUACCUCAAUUCUGAGGAUAUUGAAAGGUUUAAGAGGCUAACAGGACUGGAUGACUUCUAUUUGGAUAGAGACGCAGCAAGGUCAUACAAUUCAUCAGCUCGUAAAGCUUCACUCAAUGAUGAAGCUACAAGCCAUACAUCAAAUAAAGAGUUCUCUCCUCUUAAGGAUGAUCAGCAAUAUCCGUUAGUUACUUCACCUUUCCGUAGUGUUCCAUAUAAUGGUAAUUUGACACCUCCACAUACCAAUUCUGACUCUAAUUGUUUGGAGAAGAAAUUUGGUCCAGCAAUGCUAUUUCUUCCCAGACAACCAUCUGAAGAAGAUUGGGAGAAUCUAGUAGCUGCUACAAAUACAGGAUUUGCAUUGACCGGAACUGCAGUAAUGGGGCACGUUGGACCAAUAAUUGGAUCAAUGGACAUUGGGGAAUGUGAAGACUCGUACUUGUUUCGUGUGUCACUUCCAGGCGUUAAAAGAGAUCCAAGUGGAUUUAACUGUGAAAUUGAAAAAGAUGGCAGAGUAGUGAUACAGGGAGUUACAACAACAGGUGAGAGAACUGUGAAAAAGCAUUCUCAAGUGUUUGAAAUGUUAACACACAACCUGUGUCCACCAGGAAAGUUUUCACUCUCAUUUCAGCUACCUGGUCCUGUUGAUCCUCAACACUUCUUAGCUAACUUUGACAUUGAUGGGAUUCUUGAAGGUGUUGUGAUGAAAGAUUUACAGUCAUGACUCAUGAGUGUGUUAGCAAUUUAACUUCAUGCCUUGAUUCAAAGGAUAAUAAAAUAUUUCCAAUUUUCGAGCUCUA